AUGGUUGUGCUGAUCAAUUACUUAACUCUUUUUUGUUCUCCAGGUUCUCCUUGGGUCACCUUGACCAGAUCGUUCCUUGAGUUCUGUGUUUUUGGUUGGGAGAAUCUCCCUCGUACAGUUUUAAUGUAUGUUACAAAUGCUAUGUUGUCUCAAGAAAUUUACUUCCAUUCAGUUAUUUGCAACUCGGAUGAGUUUAAAAAUACGACUGUCAACGGCGAUUUGAGAUAUGUGGUUUGGGACAACCCUCCCAAAAUGGACCCUCACUUCCUAAAUACCUCAGAUUAUGAGGGGAUAAUUCAGAGUGGUGCUGCUUUUGCAAGACAGUUUGCAAGAAAUGAACCAGUUUUGGACAUGGUUGACAAGAAGAUCCUCAAUCGUGGUAGUAAUCGAGUUACACCGGGUGCAUGGUGCACGGGUCGGAGGAACUGGUUCACAGAUCCUUGUUCUCAGUGGGGUGAUGUUAAUGUGUUAAAGCCAGGCCCUCAUCUGAAGAAGUUAUCAGAGUCCGUGACCGGACUUCUUGAAAGUUGGAAAUCACAGACAAAUCAGUGCAGAUAG